AUGGCGAAGCCGGGCGCGCGGCCCCGCGGCCCCUGGGGCCCCGCGCUGCCGCCGCUGCUGGCCGGGCUGGCGCUGCUGGGCGCGGCGCGGGCGGCGGCGGCGGCGGCGGCGGGCGGCGGCUUCAGCCUGCACCCGCCCUACUUCAACCUGGCCGAGGGCGCCCGCAUCGCCGCCUCGGCCACCUGCGGCGAGGAGGCCCCGGCGCGCGGCGCCCCGCGCCCCACCGAGGACCUCUACUGCAAGUUGGUGGGGGGCCCGGUGGCCGGCGGGGACCCCAACCAGACCAUCCAGGGCCAGUACUGUGACAUCUGCACGGCUGCCAACAGCAACAGGGCGCACCCCGUGAGCAACGCCAUUGAUGGCACGGAGCGCUGGUGGCAGAGUCCGCCGCUGUCCCGUGGCCUAGAGUACAACGAAGUCAACGUCACCCUGGACCUGGGCCAGGUUUUCCACGUGGCCUACGUGCUCAUCAAGUUUGCCAACUCCCCUCGGCCAGACCUCUGGGUGCUGGAGCGGUCCACGGACUUCGGCCGCACCUACCAGCCGUGGCAGUUCUUUGCCUCUUCCAAGAGGGACUGCCUGGAGCGUUUCGGGCCGCAGACGCUGGAGCGCAUCUCCAGGGAUGACGCCGUCCUCUGCACCACGGAGUACUCCCGGAUCGUGCCCCUGGAGAACGGCGAGAUCGUGGUGUCCCUGGUGAACGGGCGCCCAGGGGCCAUGAACUUCUCCUACUCGCCCCUGCUGCGUGACUUCACCAAAGCCACCAACAUCCGCCUGCGCUUCCUGCGCACCAACACACUACUGGGCCACCUCAUGGGGAAGGCGCUGAGGGACCCCACGGUCACCCGCCGGUACUACUACAGCAUCAAGGACAUCAGCGUCGGCGGCCGCUGCGUCUGCCACGGGCACGCGGAUGUCUGUGACGCCAAGGACCCGACAGACCCCUACAGGUUGCAGUGUGCCUGCCAGCACAACACAUGUGGGGGCUCCUGUGACCGCUGCUGCCCUGGCUUCAACCAGCAGCCGUGGAAGCCAGCCACCACCUACAGUGCCAACGAGUGCCAGUCCUGCAACUGCCACGGCCACGCCCACGACUGCUACUACGACCCCGAGGUGGACCAGCGCAACGCCAGCCGGAACCAGGACGACGUCUACCAGGGAGGGGGCGUGUGCAUUGACUGUCAGCAUCACACCACCGGCAUCAAUUGUGAGCGGUGCCUGCCCGGCUUCUACCGUGCCCCGGACCACCCCCUCGACUCGCCCAACGUCUGCCACCGCUGCAACUGUGAGUCGGACUUCACUGACGGGACGUGUGAGGACCUGACGGGCCGCUGCUACUGUCGGCCAAACUUCACGGGGGCGCGGUGCGACGCCUGUGCCGAGGGCUUCACUGACUUCCCACACUGCUACCCCGUGCCCUCCUCCCACAAUGACACCGGGGAGCAGGUGCUGCCGGCCGGACAGAUUGUGAACUGUGACUGCAGCGCCGCCGGGACCCAGGGCAACGCCUGCCGGAAGGACCCGCGGGUGGGACGCUGCGUGUGCAAGCCCAACUUCCAGGGCACCCACUGCGAGCUCUGCGCCCCGGGGUUCUACGGCCCGGGCUGCCGGCCGUGCCAGUGCACCAGCCCCGGAGUGGCGGACGGCAACUGUGACCGCGACUCGGGCCAGUGCACGUGCCGGGCGGGCUUCGAGGGGGCCGCGUGCGACCGCUGUGCCCCCGGCUACUUCCACUUUCCUCUCUGCCAGCUGUGUGGCUGCAGCCCCGCAGGGACCCUGCCCGAGGGCUGUGACGAGUCUGGCCGCUGCCUUUGUUGGCCUGAGUUCGAUGGCCCUCACUGUGAUCGCUGCCGUCCCGGCCACCACGGCUACCCUGACUGCCAGGCCUGCGCCUGUGACCCCCGGGGGUCCCUGGACCAGCUCUGCAGCGCGGGCGGGCUGUGCCGCUGCCGCCCUGGCUACGCGGGGGCCGCCUGCCAGGAGUGCAGCCCCAGCUUCCAUGGCUUCCCCGACUGUGCCCCCUGCCACUGCUCCCCCGAAGGCUCCCUGCACGCAGCCUGUGACCCCCGCAGUGGGCAGUGCAGCUGCCGACCCCGAGUGAUGGGGCUGCGGUGUGACGUGUGUGUGCCCGGUGCCUACAACUUCCCCUACUGCGAAGCUGGUUCCUGCCACCCUGCCGGCCUGGCCCAAGAUGACCACGUCCUUCCUGAGGCGCAGGCCCCCUGUACGUGCCGGGCUCACGUGGAGGGGCCGAGCUGCGAUCGCUGUAAACCCGGGUUCUGGGGGCUAAGUCCUGGCAACCCCGAGGGCUGCACCCGCUGCAGCUGCGACCCCAGGGGCACGCUGGGUGGAGCUGCGGAGUGCCAGCCGGGCAGCGGCCAGUGCUUCUGCAAGCCCCACGUGUGCGGCCAGACCUGCUCAGCCUGCAAGGAUGGCUUCUUCGGGCUGGACCAGGCCGACUACUUCGGCUGCCGUGGCUGCCGGUGCGACGUUGGCGGUGCCCUGGGACAGGGCUGUGAGCUGAGGACAGGCGCCUGCCUCUGCCGCCCCAACACCCAGGGCCCCACCUGCAGCGAGCCAGCGCGGGACCACUUCCUCCCUGACCUGCACCACCUGCGCCUGGAGCUGGAGGAGGCGGCCACGCCCGAGGGCCACGCUGUGCGCUUCGGUUUCAACCCCCUUGAGUUCGAGAACUUCAGCUGGAGGGGCUACGCACAGAUGGCUGCCAUCCAGCCCAGGAUCGUGGCCAGGCUGAACGUGACCUCCCCUGAUCUCUUCCGACUCGUCUUUCGAUAUGUCAACCGCGGGCCCUCGAGUGUGAGCGGGAGGGUCUCCGUGCGGGACCAGGGCACGUUUGCCACCUGUGCCAAUUGCACAGAGCAGAGCCAGCCCGUGGCCUUCCCCCCCAGCACAGAGCCUGCCUUCGUCACCGUGCCCGGGAGGGGCUUCGGGGAGCCCUUCGUGCUGAACCCCGGCAACUGGGCCCUGUUCUUGGAGGCCGAAGGAGUGCUCCUGGACUAUGUGGUCCUGCUGCCCAGUGCCUACUACGAGGCGGCCCUCCUGCAGCUGCGGGUGACUGAGCCCUGCACGUUCCGGCCUGCUGCCCAGCGCUCCGGGGAGAACUGCCUCCUCUACACCCACCUGCCCCUGGACGGCUUCCCUUCCGCCGCUGGGCCUGAGGCCCUGUGUCGCCAUGACAACAGCCUACCCCGGCCCUGCCCCACGGAGCAGCUCAGCUCCUCACACCCACUGCUGGUCGCCUGCCGGGGCAGUGAUGUGGACAUCCAGCUUCAGGUGGCAGUGCCCCAGCCGGGCCGCUAUGCCCUGGUGGUGGAGUACGCCAACGAGGAUGCCCGCCAGGAGGUGGACGUGGCCGUGCACAGCCCCCAGCGGGACCCCCAGCAGGGGGCGCUCACCCUCCACCCCUGCCCAUACAGUACCUUGUGCCGGGGCACUGCUCUGGAUGCCCAGCGCCACCUGGCCGUCUUCCACCUGGACACGGAGGCUAGCGUCCGGCUCACGGCUGAGCAGGCUCGCUUCUUCCUGCGCAGUGUCACCUUGGUGCCCGUGGAGACGUUCAGCUCGGAGUUCGUGGAGCCCCGCGUCCACUGCAUCAGCAGUCACGGUGCCUUCGGCCCCAGCAGUGCCACCUGCCUGCCCUCCCGCUUCCCAAAGCCGCCGCGGCCCAUCGUGCUCAGGGACUGCCAGGUGCUGCCUUUGCCACCUGGCCGCCCGCUGACCCACUCGCAGGAGCUCACGCCAGGCGCGCCCCCAUCUGGGCCCCAGCCUCGGCCCCCUACUGCCGUGGACCCUGAUGUGGAGCCCACCCUGCUGCGCCACCCCGAGGGCACCGUGGUCUUCACCACCCACGUGCCCGCCCUGGGCCGCUACGCCUUCCUGCUGCACGGCUACCAGCCAGCCCACCCGGCCUUCGCCGUGGAGGUUCUCAUCAAUGGGGGCCGCGUCUGGCAGGGCCACGCCAACGCCAGCUUCUGCCCACACGGCUACGGCUGCCGCACCUUGGUGGUGUGUGAGGGCCGGGCCGUCUUGGACGUGACCGACAGCGAGCUCACAGUGACCGUGCGUGUGCCUGAGGGCCGGUGGCUCUGGCUGGAUUACGUGCUGGUGGUCCCUGAGGACGCCUACAGCCCCAGCUAUCUCCAGGAGGAGCCCCUGGACAAAUCCUACGAGUUCAUCAGCCAGUGCGCCACCCAUGGUUACCACAUCAGCCCCACCAGCUCGCCCCCUUUCUGCCGCCACGCCGCUGCCUCCCUCUCCCUCUUCUACAACAACGGUGCUCGGCCGUGCAGCUGCCACGAAGUGGGCGCCACGGGCUCCACAUGCGAGGCCUUCGGGGGUCAGUGUCCCUGCCGUGCCCAUGUCAUCGGCCGCGACUGCUCCCGCUGCGCCACCGGCUACUGGGGCUUCCCCAACUGCAGGCCCUGCGACUGCGGUGGCCGCCUCUGUGAUGAGCUCACGGGCCAGUGCAUCUGCCCACCCCGCACCGUCCCACCCGACUGCAUCGUCUGCCAGCCCCAGACCUUCGGCUGCCACCCCCUGGUCGGCUGUGAGGAGUGUAACUGCUCGGGGCCCGGCGUCCAGGAGCUCACGGACCCCACCUGUGACGUGGACAGCGGCCAGUGCAGGUGCAGACCCAACGUGGCAGGACGCCGCUGUGACACUUGUGCUCCUGGGUUCCACGGCUACCCCAGCUGCCGCCCCUGUGACUGCCACGAAGCAGGUUCCGCGCCCGGCACGUGUGACCCCCUCACGGGCCAGUGCUACUGCAAGGAGAACGUGCAGGGCCCGAGGUGUGACCAGUGCCGCCUUGGGACAUUCUCCCUGGAAGCCGCCAACCCCAAAGGCUGCACCCGCUGCUUCUGCUUCGGGGCCACGGAUCGCUGCCGGAGCUCGGCCUAUGCCCGUCGGGAGUUCGUGGACAUGGAGGGCUGGACGCUGCUGAGCGGUGACCGGCAGGAGGUGCCCCACGAGCGGCAGGUGGAGGCCAUGCUGCUUCGCGCGGACCUGCGGCGCGUGCCCGAGGCCUUCCCCGAGCUGUACUGGCAGGCCCCGCCCUCCUACCUGGGAGACCGGGUGUCGUCCUAUGGUGGGACCCUCCGCUACGAACUGCACUCAGAGGCCCAGCGGGGAGACGUGUUCAUCCCCAUGGAAAGCCGUCCAGACGUGGUGCUGAAGGGCAACCAGAUGAGCAUCACGUUCCUGGAGCCAGCGUACCCAGUGCCGGGCCACGUUCACCGAGGGGCGCUGCAGCUGGUGGAGGGGAACUUCCGGCACAUGGAGACCCACAACGCCGUGUCCCGGGAGGAGCUCAUGAUGGUGCUGGCCGGCCUGGAGCAGCUGCAGCUCCGCGCCCUCUUCUCGCAGACCUCCUCGGCCGUCUCCCUGCGUAGGGUGGCGCUGGAGGUGGCCAGUGAGGCGGGCGGGGGCCCUCCGGCCAGCAGUGUGGAGCUGUGCAUGUGCCCUGCCAACUACCGUGGGGACUCGUGCCAGGAAUGUGCCCCUGGCUACUACCGGGACGUCAAAGGUCUCUUCUUGGGUCGCUGUGUCCCUUGUCAGUGCCACGGCCACUCGGACCGCUGCCUCCCUGGCUCAGGCAUCUGCGUGGGCUGCCAGCACAACACAGAGGGCGACCACUGUGAGCACUGCCAGGACGGCUUCGUGCGUGGUGGGUCGGAGGGCGCCGCGGUCCCCUGCGUCAGCUGCCCCUGCCCCCUCGCUGUGCCUUCCAACAACUUCGCCAUGGGCUGCAUCCUGCGAGGUGGCCGCACCCAGUGUCUCUGCAAACCAGGCUAUGCUGGGGCCUCCUGCGAGCGGUGCGCUCCUGGCUUCUUUGGGAACCCGCUGGUGCUGGGCAGCUCCUGCCAGCCCUGUGACUGCAGCGGCAACGGCGAUCCCAACAUGCUCUUCAGUGACUGCGACCCCCUGACAGGCGCCUGCCGCGGCUGCCUGCGCCACACCACUGGGCCCCGCUGCGAGAGCUGCGCCCCCGGCUUCUACGGCAACGCCCUGCUGCCCGGCAACUGCACCCGGUGUGACUGCUCCCCGUGUGGGACGGAGGCCUGUGACCCCCACAGUGGGCACUGCUUGUGCAAGGCGGGUGUGACAGGGCUGCGCUGUGACCGCUGUCAGGAAGGACACUUUGGUUUUGAGGGCUGUGGGGGUUGCCGCCCAUGCGCCUGUGGACCAGCCGCCGAGGGCUCCAAGUGCGACCCCCAGAGUGGGCAGUGCCACUGCCGGCCAGGGGCUGGGGGGCCCCAGUGCCGCGAGUGUGCCCCCGGCCACUGGGGCGUCCCUGAGCAGGGCUGCAAGCGCUGCCAGUGCCAGGAGGGCCACUGUGACCUGCAUACAGGCCACUGUACGUGCCCCCCUGGGCUCAGUGGGGAGCGCUGUGACACCUGUAGCCAGCAGCACCAGGUGCCCGUGCCAGGGAAGCCUGGGGGCCACGGCGUACACUGCGAAGUGUGUGACCACUGUGUGGUUCUGCUCCUGGAUGACCUGGAGCGGGCCGGAGCGCUCCUCCCCGCCAUCCGCGAGCAGCUGCGUGGCAUCAAUGCCAGCUCUGUGGCCUGGGCCCGGCUGCACAGGCUGGACGCCUCCAUCGGUGAUCUGCAGAGCCAGCUCCGGAGCCCCUCGGGCCUCCACCACGAGACCGCACUGCAGCUGGAGGCCUUGGAGCGACAGACCUCAAGCCUCGGGCAGGACACACAGCGGCUGGAUGGCCAGGCUGCAGGGGCUCGAGCCCAGGCCAGCCAGCUGCUGGACAGCACCGAGGCCACACUGGGCCGGGCACAGACACUGCUGGUAGCCAUCCAGGCUGUGGACCGCGCCCUGAGCGAGCUCGAGUCUCAGGCAGACCGCCUGUCACCAGCCAAUGCCUCGGUCCCCUCGGGCGAGCAGCUACGCCGGACACUGGCCGAGGUGGAACGGCUGCUCCGGGAGAUGCGGGCCCGUGACCUGGGGGCUCCGCGGGCAGCUGCUGAGACCGAGCUGGGGGAGGCCCAGAGAUUGCUGGCCCGAGUGCAGGAGCAGCUGACUGCACGCUGGGAGAGGAACCAAGCACUGGUGGCGCGCACCCGAGACCAGCUGGCCCAGCAUGAGGCCGGCCUCAUGGACCUGCGGGAGGCUCUGAACCGGGCGGUGGGCACCACUCGGGAGGCCGAGGAGCUCAACAGCCGAAACCAGGAGCGCCUGGAGGAGGCCCUGCAACGGAAGCAGGAGCUGUCCCGAGACAAUGCCACCCUGGGGGCCACUCUGCAGGCCGCCAGAGACACCCUAGCCCAGCUCUCUGAGCUUCUGCAUGGCAUGGACCGGGCCAAGGAGGAGUACGAGCACCUCGCUGCCAGCCUGGACGGGGCCCGGACGCCGCUGCUGGAGAAGAUGCGAGCCUUCUCCCCCGCGAGCAGCAAGGUGGAUCUGGUGGAGGCCGCUGAGGCCCACGCACAGCAGCUGGACCAGCUGGCGUUCAAUCUUUCCAGCAUCAUCCUCGGAGUCAACCAGGACCGCUUCAUCCAGCGGGCCAUCGAGGCUGCCAACGCCUACAGCAGCAUUCUGCAAGCAGUGCAGGCCGCCGCGGGCGCGGCUGGGCAGGCACAGCAGCAGGCCAGCCACACGUGGGCGAUGGUGGUGCAGCAGGGCCUGGCGCCCCGAGCCCGGGAGCUCCUUGCCAACAGCAGUGCCCUGGAGGAGGCCGUCCUGGGGGAGCAGCGGAGGCUGGGCCUCGCGCGGGCCACCUUCCAGGGCACCGGGACCCAGCUCCGUGACGCCCGGGCCAGGAAGGAGCAGCUGGCGGCCCGAGUCCAGGAGGUACAGGCCAUGCUGGCCAUGGACACAGACGAAACCAGCAAGAAGAUCGCCCAUGCCAAGGCCGUGGCCGCCGAAGCCCAGGACACAGCUGCCCGCGUGCAGUCCCGGCUUCACGACAUGCAGGAAACCGUGGAGCGGUGGCAGGGCCAGUACCAGGGCCUGCGGAGCCAGGACCUGGGCCAGGUGAUGCUGGACGCAGGCCGCUCAGUGUCAGCCCUGGAGAAGACGCUGCCGCAGCUGCUGACCACGCUGAGCCUCCUGCAGGACCGCGGGGCGCGCAACGCCAGCCUGGCCCUGUCCGCCAGCAUCGGCCGUGUGCGGGAGCUCAUUGCCCAGGCCCGGGGCGCAGCCAGCAAGGUCAAGGUGCCCAUGAAGUUCAACGGGCGUUCAGGGGUGCGGCUACGCGCCCCUCGCGACCUCAGCGACCUUGCGGCCUACACUGCUCUCAGGUUCUACCUGCAGAGCCCGCAGCCGGCCUCGGGCCAGGCCGCCAGGGACCAGUUUGUGCUGUACAUGGGCGGCCGCCAGGCCACUGGCGACUACAUGGGUGUGGCUCUGCGGGACCAGAAGGUGCAGUGGGUGUACCGCCUCGGGGGGGCGGGCCCUGCGGCCCUCAGCAUCGACGAAGACAUCGGGGAGCAGUUCGCAGCCGUCAGCAUUGACAGGACCCUGCAGUUUGGCCACAUGUCUGUCACGGUGGAGAACCAGGUGGUCCAGGAGACCAAGGGCGACACGGUGGCCCCGGGGGCGGAAGGGCUGCUCAGCCUGCAGCCCAAUGACUUCGUCUUCUACGUGGGGGGCUACCCCAGCAGCUUCACGCCCCCCGAACCCCUCCGCUUUCCUGGCUACCGGGGCUGCAUUGAGUUGGACACGCUCAACGAGGACGUGGUCAGUCUCUACAACUUCGAGGAGACCUUCCAGCUGGACACGGCCGUGGAUAAGCCUUGUGCCCGCUCCAAGUCGACCGGGGACCCGUGGCUCACAGACGGCUCCUACCUGGAUGGCUCCGGCUUCGCCCGCAUCAGCGUGGAGAGUCAGAUCAGCAACACCAAGCGCUUCGAGCAGGAGCUGCGGCUCGUGUCCUACAGCGGGGUCAUCUUCUUCCUGCAGCACCAGGACCAGUUCCUGUGCCUGGCCGUGCGGGAAGGCAGCCUCGUGCUCCUCUACGACUUCGGUGCGGGCUUGAAGGAGGCCGUCCCAAUGCAGCCCCUGCCUCCUCUGACCACGACCAGCAAGGCGAUCCAGGUGUUCCUGCUGGGGGGCAGCCGGAAGCGUGUGCUGGUGCGCGUGGAGAGGACCACGGUGUUCAGCGUGGAGCAGGAGAACUCGCUGGAGCUGGCCGACGCCUACUACCUGGGGGGGGUGCCGCCCGGCCUGCUGCCCCUGAGUCUGCUGCGGCUCUUCCCCUCCGGAGGCUCCAUCCGUGGCUGCAUCAAGGGCAUCAAAGCUCUGGGCAAGUACGUGGACCUCAAGAGGCUGAACACCACGGGCAUCAGCUCCGGCUGCACCGCAGACCUGCUGGUGGGGCGGGCCAUGACUUUCCACGGCCACAGCUUCCUGCCCCUGGCACUCCCCAGCGACCUGGCGCCCCUCACGGGCAACGUCUACUCCGGCUUCGGCUUCCGCAGCACCCAGGACAGUGGGCUGCUCUACCACCGAGCGUCCCCGGAUGGGUCGUGCGAGGUGUCCCUGCAGCAGGGCCACGUGACACUCCGGCUUCUGAGGACCGAGGUGAAAACACGAGGGAGCUUUGCCGACGGGGUUCCCCAUUAUGUCACGUUCUUCAGCAAUUCCUCAGGGGUUUGGCUCUACGUGGAUGACCAGCUUCAACAGAUGAAGCCCCACCGGGGGCUGUGGCCCCCACCCCCGCCCCAGCCCGCGGGGGCCCCUCGCCUCCUCCUGGGAGGCUGGCCUGAGGCUGACACCCUCCGGAACUUCAGUGGCUGCAUCAGCAACGUGUUUCUGCUGCGGCUCAAGGGGCCGCAGCGCGUGUUUGACCUGCAGCAGAACCUGGGCGGUCUCAAUGUGAGCUCGGGCUGUGCCCCGGCCGCCCCACCCCAGGCCCUGGAGCAGGGCCCGAGAGGACUGCGGGCCGCCGCGGCUCGGAAGGCCUCCCGCCGCAGCCGGCAGCCCGCCCAGGACCCUGCCUGCUCGCCAACCCGGCCCCUCAGGACCAUUCGAGACGCCUACCAGUUUGGGGGCCACCUGUCCAGUCACCUGGAGUUUGCACACGUCCCAGCGCCCCCCGGGGACUGGUCCCAGGUCUCGAUGCUUGUCCGCCCACUCGCCCCCCAAGGGCUCCUGCUCCUCGCCGCCCCACUGACUGCCCGCAGCCCCUCCCUGGCCCUUUUCCUGAGCCACGGACGCUUUGUCGCUCGGACAGAAGGCCCAGGGCCCCAGCUCCACGUCCAGAGCCGCCGGCGUUCACGGGCUGGCCGGUGGCAUAGGGUGUCCGUGCGCUGGGAGAAGACUCGGAUCCAGCUGGUGACGGACGGGGUCUGGGCCCGGAGUCAGGAGGAGCCAGGCCAGCAGCACCAGGGGGAGGAGGGCCCCCGGCCCCAUACUCUCUUUGUGGGGGGCCUCCCUGCCAGCGGCUUCAGCCCCAAGCUCCCAGUGGCCAUCAACAGCUCCGGGUUCAGUGGUUGUGUGAAGAGACUGAGGUUGGACGGGCAGCUCCUGGGGGCCCCCACGCGGAUGGUGGGGGUCACACCCUGCUUCUCAGGUCCUCUGGAGAAGGGCCUGUUCUUUGCUGGCAGCGGGGGAAGCAUCACUCUAGACAUCCUGGGGGCCACACUGCCUGACGUGGGCCUGGAGCUGGAGGUACGGCCCCAGACAGCCACCGGCCUCAUCUUCCACUUGGGCCGGGCCCAGGCGCCCCCCUACCUGCAGUUGCAGGUGUUGGAGAAGCAGGUCCUGCUGCGGGCAGACGACGGUGCAGGCGAGUUCUCCACGCUGGUGACGCACCCCAAGGCGCUCUGUGAUGGGCAGUGGCACCGGCUGGCCGUGACCAAAGUGGGGCGCGCCCUCCGGCUGGAAGUGGACCUGCAAGGCAACCGCACCCUUGGCCCCACGCCCGGGGCCUCGGCUGACACCUUGGUGCCUCUGCACCUCGGGGGCCUGCCUGAAUCCAGGGCCACGCAGGCUGGGCUCCCGACGUGGACGCACCCUCAGCCUCCAGUCUACCUCGGCUGCAUGAGGAACCUGGAGGUGAACCGCUCCCCAGUGGCCCUGCCUCGCUCUGCCCGCGUGCAGGGGGCUGUGGGGGCCAGUGGCUGCCCUGCCACGUAGCACAGCUGCCCCCGGACCCUUGCCAGAACCAGUGGUAUACGUGCAGGAGGGUCUUCAGGACCCCCAGGUGGGCCGCCCAUCAGGCAGGGUCCUGCUCCUCAACCCCAGGCCCCCCACAGAACUUGCCGACAGCACCGCCCGCAGCCCUUUUCACAGAGGAGGUUUGUGUGUAUUUAUCUAGGCUCCAGGUUGUACAGGUUAUGAGUCUUAUUUCUGGAAAUGGUUUAAGUUAUGUCUGAUUUUCUAAUCGAAAGGAUAAAUACUGUAAAACGGUUUUUAUACUUUUUAUCUUUCAGUUUAAUAUGAGAUUCUCUUUCCACUCAUUUUAAUAGUACAAGAAACCUGUAAACCACUGGUCCCUGCUUCUUAAAACAAAAAUUAAAAAUUUAACUCCAUGUAA